UCCUGUAUGAUUAACAUCCUGCAUUCUUAUGGGGCAUUUGUUACAAUUGAUGAAUCAAUUUUGAUGCAUUAUUAGUAACUGAGCUCCAGGAUUGAGGUUAGGAUUUGUCCUUGGUAUUGCGUGGUUCUCUGGGCUUUGCAAAUGCAGUUUCCCUGCCCUAAAACUGCCCUGGGCUCCACCUGCUCAUCCUUCCUCCAGCUGCCCCGUUGAACCCCUGAUCCUUGUACUGCCUCUACCGUCUUGCCUCUUCUGGAAUGCUGUGCAGUUGGAACUCUGGUUUGGUUUCCACUUUGCCCAUCUCGGCUCCUUGUGUGCAGCAGUGUGCUAUGUGGUUUACAUAUGCUGCCUCGAUUUACCCUGUUUAUAAGGCUGGGUGGACACUGAGGCGCAGAGCAGCUGAGCGGCUUGUACAGGGUAGGGGUGGGCUUUCCACCCCUGCCUGCCCCCUUUGGAACCUCAGCUCCAGCCACUGCUCCCGGGUGAGGCUCUAAGCACUGCUUGGUGCUUCCUGGGGCCUCUCUGUGUCUGUCUUGGUGUGCGUGAGCUCAGGAAGCUGGCUGAGGCUGGGCCAGCUGGUCUUGGGGACUAGGGAGCUGAGCCCUGGGUGGGGACCCCUGAACCUGGCCUGAAUGGACAACAGUGUACAGGGCUCGGGUGGCCUCGGCCGCAGCAACAGCCCCAUCUCCCGUGGGCUUUGGCUCUCCUCUCCCCUCUCCAAGGUCUCCAAGGGAAUGGGAACUGGAGCUCCCUGCUUCCUCCUCUGUCCUCAGCCCGAGGGUGGGCGGGCUGCCGAGCCCUGACUCAGCCCACACAGGGACACAAUCAGGCCCACAUUCCCGAACAGCCCUGCCAUUGAACGGGAGAAGAAUGGGGACAAGCUUGUCUCAGGGCGCGCGUGCGGGGACCUGGAGAGGAGGUUCUUGGGGGACGUGUGCUCCCAGGCUGCUGAAUGGCGCCUUGUUAUGGCGUCCCCCUGGGCUCUAGCGCGAGCUGCGCCCCACGCCAAGGAACUGCUGAAACCACCAUGUGUAGGGCAGAUGCAUCCUUGGCAGGCCCAGGUCCUGCAUGAGGAGGGGGCAGUGGUGCCAGAGCGUCCUGAGCGGUUGGCAACAACCCUCCACCCCCAUGCUGUCUGCACCCCACUGAGCCGGGCAGAAACGGGGUCACAGGGGGCCCGCAGAGCGAAGAUUUCUGAAGACCUCUUUCUAGAAGCAACCAGCAAGUUUCGAUCAGGAGAGGAGCCAAAAUCAGUGUUUCCUCCGAAGACCGCAAAGAAGCCAGGGAGCCUCAGAAAUUGGCCAUAGCCAGAGUGGUCCUCUCUCUGCCUGGUGUGCCGGGAAAUGAGGGUUCUUGCGGAUCUCGCUACCCACCAGCUCCCCGCUGUGCUGCCGUCCACAGCCCCUGGGCCCUGAGCAGCGUCCUUGCUGCUACCCACCCACCAGGGACCAUCUCCUGCCCAUGAGCGUUUGCUGCCAGAGCUCUGCCACUGCCACCCCUGCCCAGUGAGCAUGCUCGGCCCCCUUGGGGGGCUGUUCCCAGCCCUGGCUGUGGCCUUGGGGAUGGCCGUGGCAUUUGCACCCGUGCCCAGGAUUACCUGGGAGCACAAAGAGGUGCACCUGGUACACUUCCACGAGCCAGGCAUCUUCAACUACUCCAUCCUGCUGCUGAGCGAGGACAAGGACAAGGACACCCUGUACGUUGGUGCCCGCGAAGCCGUCUUUGCCCUGAACGCCCUGGAUGUCACCGAGAAGCAGCAGGAGGUAUACUGGAAGGUCUCUGAAGACAAGAAAGCAAAAUGUGCAGAAAAGGGGAAAUCGAAACAGACAGAAUGUCUCAACUACAUCCGAGUGCUGCAACCACUCAACGCCAAUACCCUUUACGUGUGUGGAACGAACGCGUUCCAGCCAACCUGUGACCACCUGAGCUUAUCUUCCUUUAAAUUUCUGGGGAGAAAUGAAGAUGGCAAAGGAAGGUGUCCAUUUGACCCUGCACAGAGCUACACGUCUGUCAUGGUCGACGGAGAGCUUUAUUCCGGGACGUCAUAUAAUUUUUUGGGAAGUGAACCCAUCAUCUCUCGGAAUUUUUCCCAAAGUCUCCUGAGGACAGAGUAUUCGAUUCCUUGGCUUAAUGAGCCCAGCUUCGUCUUUGCCAACGUGAUCCGACAAAACCCAAACAGCACGGCUGGCGAGGAGGACAAGGUGUACUUCUUCUUCACGGAGGUGUCCGUGGAAUACGAGUUUGUUUUCAAGCUGCUGAUCCCCCGGAUAGCGCGGGUGUGCAAGGGGGACCAGGGUGGUCUGAGGAUCUUACAGAAGAAAUGGACCUCCUUCCUGAAGGCCAGGCUCAUCUGCUCCCAGCCGGACAGCGGCCUCCUCUUCAACGUGCUGCAGGACGUGUUCGUGCUCAGAGCCCCGGGGUUGCAGGAGCCCGUGUUCUACGCCGUCUUCACCCCGCAGCUGAACAACGUGGGGCUGUCGGCCGUGUGCGCCUACCACCUGGCCGCCGCCGAGGAGGUCUUCUCCCGCGGGAAGUACAUGCAGAGCGCCACGGUGGAGCAGUCGCAUACGAAGUGGGUGCGCUACAACGGGCCGGUGCCCAGGCCGCGGCCGGGUGCGUGUAUCAACGCCGAGGCCAGGGCAGCCAACUACACCAGCUCCUUGAAUUUACCAGACAAGACCCUGCAGUUUGUUAAAGACCACCCUUUGAUGGACGACUCCGUAACCCCAAUAGACAACAGGCCCAGGCUCAUUAAAAAAGACGUCAGCUACACCCAGAUCGUGGUGGACCGGAUCGAGGCCUUGGAUGGGACUGUCCAUGAUGUGAUGUUCCUCAGCACAGACAGAGGGGCCCUCCACAAAGCCGUCAGCCUUGAAAAUGAGGUGCACAUCAUCGAGGAGACGCAGCUCUUCCAAGACUUUGAGCCAGUCCAAACCCUGCUGCUGUCGUCCAAGAAGGGCAAAAGGUUCGUCUACGCUGGCUCCAACUCAGGCGUGGUCCAGGCCCCCGUGGCCUUCUGCGGGAAGCACAGCACGUGCGUGGACUGCGUGUUAGCGCGGGACCCUUACUGCGCCUGGAGCCCACUGGCGGCCGCCUGCAUCGCCCUGCACCAGGAGCUCGUCCCCAACAGGGGUUUGAUUCAGCAAAUGAAUGGGGACACGUCCGCCUGCCCUGAUAAAGUUAGAGAGACUUACCGGCAGCAUUUUUUCAAGCACGGCGGCACGGCAGAGCUCGGGUGCUCCCAGAAGUCCAACCUGGCUCGGGUGGUGUGGAAGUUCCAGGACGGCGUGCUGAGCGCCGACGGCCCCAAGUACGGGCUCGUGGGGAGGAAAAACCUGCUCAUCUUCAACUUGUCCGAAGGAGACAGCGGAGUGUAUCAGUGUCUGUCGGAGGAAAGGGUGAAGAAUAAGACGAUAUCCCAGGUGGUCGCCAAGCACGUCUUGGAGGUGAAAACGGUGCCCCACACGCCCGCGGCCACCGUCUGGCCGGCGGUGCACACGGAAGGUGGCAGGACUGCCCCCAAAGUGCUGGCGGGGACCACCCGCGGGCCUUCUCCCCCGACUCCGGCCGUGCGCGUCUCCACGCCGGGCAUGGCCACGCCUCCCCCGCACCCCGCGCCCACUGGGACGUCCUGCGAACCCCAGAUCGUCAUCAACACCAUUCCGCAGCUCCACUCCGAGAAGACCAUGUAUCUCAAGUCGAGCGACAACCGCCUCUUGAUGUGCCUCUUUCUGUUCUUCUUUGCGCUCUUCCUCUGCCUGUUUUCCUACAACUGCUACAAAGGCUACCUGCCCGGGCAGUGUCUCAAAUUCCGCUCCGUCAUGCUACUCGGGAAGAAAAAGCCCAAGUCGGAUUUCUCCGACUGCGAGCAGGGUGUGAAGGAGACCCUGGUGGAGCAGGGGAGCUUCUCUCAGCAGAACGGAGAGCAGCCCAAGCCGGCCCUGGACACCGGCUACGAGACGGAGCAAGAUACCAUCACCAGUAAGAUUCCCACCGACCGAGAGGACUCGCAAAGGAUCGACGACCUCCCCGCCAAGGGCAAGCCCUUCGACGUCAAGUGUGAGCUGAAGUACGCGGACUCGGACGCGGACGCAGACUGAAGCCGCAGCGCCGCGUUCUCGCUUGCGGGGGGCGCGGGGAUAUGGCCGCCGCGACGGUAACCGGCACCGUGGAGAGCUUUUCGUGUUUCCGCCUCAUAGCUAAUCCCGUCUCGUCCCGCAGCGCAGUAGGGUAGACCGCAGCGGGCAGCCCACAGCAGUCCCUUGUCUGCUUUCUGUUGGGUUGAGCUCGUGACUUGGUUUCUCCUUGUCCUCGUGGGAACUGGUGAGCCCGGCGUCCCUCGCGCGUCCUGCGGUCGGGGCGAGCGCAUUAAGUUGUACCCGUCGUCGUCGUCGUCGUUGCUGGUGUACCCGAGCCAUUCCAAGUGGGGACCUCUCUCCGCCCGAGGACAGUCGUCCCUUCGCUUCCCCUCGUUAGCAGCCACUAAAAAGUAAUUUAAUUCCAGAUUGGAAAUGCCGUUUUAGUUUAUCAGAUUGGUAACUUAUAGCCUGUUGUCCAGAUUGGCACGGACCUUCUCUUCCACUUCAUUUUUUUUUUUUUUUAAGAAUUUUGCUUUCCUUGUGUUGGCGUCUUAGGUCAUUUUUAAAAAUUUGUUUUUAAAUUACAGACGCAGAUGUUUGUUUUAAUAUUUUGAAGAAGAUGGAUCAUCUCCGUUUUGUUAUCCACGGGGACAAAAUAUGGCUUACAUUGCUUGAGAUUCUCAGGGAUAAACUUAUUUUGCCCAAUGUGUUCUCUCUGCUUUUAGGAGCCUAGGCACAAAACCAUAUCUGGAACCCACUGGGGAUCUUUUGUUUGUUUGUUUCUUCCUUCAGAGAAGCAUUGCUUUUGGAGAGAUGUUCUUUCUGUCCUUCAAAAAAAAAAACAAAAAAAAACUUUAAUCUAUUUUGAAGAGGAGAAUGCAGCAGAGGGCCGUCACACUGCCCCAAGACUGGAUUUUGAGUGAGGGCAGGUGGCCCGACGGGCUGUGUGGGAAAUGGGGGGGUCCCCACAGCGGACAGCAGAGGUGCGUCAUACAAUCCGGUGGACGCAUGGAGCCAAGGGCCAGAGAGAGCUUCCUGUGCAGACGGGGCACAACGAUGACAAGGACGGCUUUGGUUAGCCGAAUGUCUCCGUUCUCUUUUUGCUCUGAUCUCAACGCCUGCUCCCGGCCCGCAGACACCCCUUGGCCCCACUGAGCCCCUCCACGCCUGGAGACGCACCGGGCAGAGGGGGGCAUCAGGCGGCCACUGGCAGCAAGCCCCAGAAAACGCGCCUGAGCCGUCUGCGGUUCCUAGCCUGCCUCGCGGCAGCACGGCCUUGAACGGUGUAUACCGCGGUACGAUUUUAAUGUUUAUUUUACACUCCACUCCCCCGCUCCCUUUGUAAAUACCCUUUAAGAGGAGACUUUUUUUGUUCGACGGUGAAGAGCAAUAAACUCUGCAUUCCGUGAGCCUGUGUGGACCGCCUCACCUUCCAGCACAAUCUCAUUUGACCAUUUUGGUGUAAACAUUUGUGUUUUGUAAGAUUUGCUUUGUUUUUAUUUUUCUACUUUGAAUUGUACACAUAAUGAAAAAUAACCAAAAUAAAUGAGAAACUUGUGGA